AUGGGGGCAUCUGCGUCCAAGGCGCUCGGCGGCCUCGAGGCCGAGCGCAUCGACGACGCGGAGAUCGUGCUGGACCCAUCGCACGUCGCGUCGCGGCCGACCGCGUUCUUGAUCGACUACAAGAAGCUCAGAGGCAAAACCAUCAUUCAGCCCGUGGACGCAGCGGGGCCGAGCAUGUCGUACGUGAUCGACAACUUCGGCACCGCCAAGCUCGACACGUACACGUACACGCUCGAGAGCGGGAAGGGCAAAGGCAAGGUGGUGUUCCUGCGUGCGCAAAAGGCAGUUGCGGGCGCGGAGGAGGAGAUCGAGGACGUCCGCACGGGGCGGCGCUUCCACGUCACGUCCCCCAAGGGCAUCUCAUACAACGGCCCGCUGAGCAAGGACUGUUUGUACGUGUAUGACAAAGCAACGGGGAAGGAAGUCAUCCGCGUCAAGCUCAAGUGGACCGGCGCCGCGGACAUUCUGCGGAUCGAUGGCGCGGGCGCGCCGCGGAAGAUCGGGUUCGUCGUCGCGAGCGGCAACCCGUUUCACCACGCCAGGAGCUUCGUCGCGGUGCCGGCGGGGGCCGACGCGGCGUUCCUGGCGCUCGUAGCGUCGCUGGCGCACGACGAAGUGCACGCCGCCAAGAUGCCCGUGGGCGCGUACGGGCCGUCUUCGUACUAG